GGAAAUUAUCCCUCUCGGUGCACUUUAUUAUUUUGAGGGAAAAACGCACAUGAAUAGAUCAGCAAUUUCUUAAUUUCUUCAACAAUGAGCGACUUUCAGGAAUAUGGUGACGUCGUUCAAGAAAUUAGAGGCGCAGUAAACCCAGGAAGAUUAAAACUUCAAAGUAAUAGUGUAAUUUUUAAGAACAAUAAAACAGGAAAAGUUGAACAGUUCACUGGAAUGGAGGUGAAUACAUCAGAGUGGUUGAAACGGGCAAGAGGUCACUGUUUAAAGUUUAGACUUAACAAUGGAAAUGUUCACAGAUUUGAUGGGUUUAAAGAUGAUGACUUUGAGAAGCUUGCAUCUUUCAUUUCAAAGUAUUACAGUGUGAGUUUAGAAAAAAGAGACGUUUCUGUCAAAGGAUGGAAUUGGGGUCUUGCUAAAUUUGAAGGGAACUCUUUAGAAUUUGAUAUCGACAACAAAUUAGCGUUUGAAAUUCCAUUAAAUAAUGUAUCUCAUUCAACAACAGCAAAGAACGAAGUAACUUUAGAAUUUCACAUGAAUGAUGAUGCAGCUGUUUCAUUAACAGAAAUCAGAUUUCAUAUACCUAAUGACCCAAAAGAUUCAGAAAAAGAUACUGUACAGGAAUUUUACAACCAAGUUGUAGACAAAGCAGACAUUAUACAGGCUACAGGUGAUGCUAUCUGUAAUCUCAGUGAAGUACAGUGCUUAACACCAAGAGGUCGUUAUGAUAUUAAGAUAUAUGGGACUUUCCUUCAGCUCCAUGGUAAAACAUUUGAUUAUAAGAUACCAUACACCACUGUAUUACGAUUGUUCUUACUCCCACACAAAGAUGGAAGACAGGUUUUCUUUGUAGUGAGUUUAGAUCCACCAAUCAAACAAGGACAGACCAGGUACCAUUUCUUGAUCCUGUUGUUUAACCAGGAAGAUGAAAUGACCAUAGAUUUAAGUUUAACUGAAGAAGAAUUGGACAGUAAAUUUGACGGAAAGUUACAGAAAGAAAUGUCCGGACCAGAGUUUGAAUUGGUCAGCAGAAUAUUCAAGUCUGUCACGACGAGAAAAAUAACUGUACCAGGGACAUUUAAAUCGAAUUCUGGUGCCCAGGCCAUAGGCUGUUCAUACAAGGCUGCGACUGGUUUCCUGUAUCCCUUAGAAAGAGGUUUUAUCUUCGUACAUAAACCGCCAAUGCAUAUCAGAUUUGAUGAAAUCGGUAAUGUUAACUUUGCCAGAAGUGCUGGGAAUACCAGAUCUUUUGACUUUGAUGUGGAGACUAAAUCUGGGACAACUUACAACUUUGUUGGUAUAGAAAAAGAUGAAUAUGGCAAACUGUAUGAUUUUGUUUCACAGAAGAAACUGUCUGUUAAAAACAUUGGAGGCAAAUCGAAACAGAAAUAUGAUGAGGAUAUUUUGGCCUCUGAUGAAGAAGAAACAAACACAGAUCAUUACUUAGAACGUAUGAAACAGGAGGGUAAAGACAGGUUCAGUGGGGACGAGGAUGACGAUAGUGACAGCUCAGAUGAAUCGUUCAACCCUGGUGAGAGUGGUAGUGAAGUGGCUGAAGAAUAUGACAGCAAUCCACCAACAACCUCAGAUAGUGAAACUGACUACGAGUAUGAUUCAGGGGGAGACAAUGCUAGUGAAGAUGGGGAGCAAGACGAAGAAGCUAAAGAAAAGAGGGCAGAGAAAAAGAAACAACAGAAAGAAAAGAAAGAAAAGAAGGAAAAGGAAAAGAAGUCGAAAACUGCAAAAACUGUGAAAGAAGGUUCAACAAGAAAGAAGAAGAAGCAGAAGAAAGAUGUUGACCCAAACAAACCUAAGAGACCAAUGACAUCAUAUAUGAUGUGGUUCAGUACAAACAGAAAUGAUAUCAAAGAGAAGAACCCUGAUGCUUCCAUCACCGAUAUAUCCAAGAAAGGCGGAGAACUUUGGAGAGCUAUGGAUGCUAGUGAACGAGGAGAAUGGGAGCAAAAAUUUCUCAAAGCAAAGGAAGAAUAUAACGUUGCUAUGGAGGAAUAUCUAAAAAAUAAACCUGAGGCAGGCAGUGGUGAGGAAAGUGAAGGAGAAGAAAGCAAAUCAGGUAGUAGUAAAAAGAAGAAAUCUCAGAAAUCCAGUCCAAAGAAGGCUGUUGAUACUAAAGCUGGAGCGGGAGGGAAUUAUAAGAGCAAAGAAUACAUCUCAAGUGAUUCUAGCUCAGACUCGGAUGCCCCACUGAAGAAAAAAAUAAAGAAAGAAAAAUCAAAGCCUAAGGAAGGAAAGAAAAAAGGAAAGGAAAAGGGAAAGAAGGAACAAAAGAAAAAAGAGAGUGAAGAUGAGAAGUCUAGUAGUGCAGGAGAGCUGCCAUCAGAUGAAGAGAUCUUAGCAACACCAGAAUCAUCACACAAAGGAUCAGGAUCAGAAUCUGGAUCAGAUUGAACAAAAUGAAAGUCAAAUCAACACUUAGUUGUGAUAAUUGUACAUGUUGAUGUCAGUAAUAAUUAUUUAUUGAACAAUUGACCAAAAUUUACUUUCUACACAUUAUUGUAGAUAAGAUGAUCUUUAAAAUCAUGUUUUUCAUUUUAAAAUGACUGUAUCAGAGUACAGAAUCAUUGUCUGACAGAUAGGUUUAUUCUGGUGAUUUCAUCUGUUAUAGGAUACCAGUAUAAUACAAAGAAGUUAUUCACUUGUUGCAACUGUUAUCAUCCAAACUGAACACAAAAUGUGAAAAUAAAGAACAAUGUAUAUCAUUAAUGACUUUGUAAUGUUCAGAUGUAUUACUUUAACAUUGCAUUUUAUGUGGAAAUGUGCUAUUUCAGUGGAAGUAAACAUAUAACAAACUG